AUGCCGGCCCUGCAAGGAAGGCUUCCGACCGACCGCUGGUGCUGUCGGCUCCACCUGAUGCUGGAUGAGGUUGUGGCCCAACGAUUCUUCGGCACGGACCUGCGGCCGUUGUGGACGCAGCACUUCAAGAACGCGACGCUGGCCUUGGCUGCUGCUGAGGAGCAAACGGAGGUUCGAAGAAGCCGGGCACAGGACGCAGACCAGAAGCUCGUGGCCGAGUUGAAGAGCCGGGGAGGUGAGAAGUACGCGCAGUUGGGAUCCCUGGUCUACCGCCAGGUGACCGGCGCCACGUCGACGGCGUGGAAUCACAAAGCAGGCGAAGAGUGGCCGUUCAUGAAGGAGAUUUCGUCCGACGGAGACGUCUCAACCGUGGAUGUCAUCUUCCCCGCCUUCCCCUUCUUCCUGCAUUUGGCUCCCGAGUUCUUCCGCAAGCUGAUGCUGCCUUUGCUCGUCUACUCCGUGAACGGCACUGCACCGUAUGGUAUGGACAUCAAGUACAACUUAUCCUGGGCGCCUCACCACCUCGGUACUUGGCCCGUCUGUGCCUUGCGCGGCGACCAGCAAGAGCAGAUGCCGGUGGAGGAGAGCGGCAACAUGCUCAUCAUGAUCGCUGCCGUGUCCAAGAAGUUGGGAAACCUGGAAUGGUUGAGCUACUGGUCGCUCUUGAAGACCUGGGCCGACUUCCUGGUGGCAUCUUUGCCAGACCCCGGCAACCAACUGUGCACAGACGAUUUCGAGGAGAUUGUGAAGCUGCUCGCGGACCAGAUGGUUUCGCCAGUGCUGUGGGAGCAGCCCUUUGCACAGAGCAGAUGGUCACACAGUGCAGACUUCGGCUUUUUAGUUAUGCAAUUAGGAAAGUCUGGAGAUUUAGAGGGACGGGCUGCGGGUGAGAACUUUAAGGUCCGGUAUUGCAUGUGCACUCGGGGCUACAUCUGGAAACGGGAGCAGUGGGGGCUGUUGGAUCUGGCAGUAAUGAAGCCUGCGGCUGUGGUCUGGGAUCGGUGGCCGAGGUCCAUGCAGCAGGCGAUCAGAGACGGCUGCACCGAGCGUGUGACCGAGUGGGGUCGUCGGGGUCAGACUUCGGAUUUCGGAUUCCAAGAUCUCUCCUUGCUCGCGUCGCUUCCUUUGAGGUUCUACGAGCUCGGACCUGGCUCUCAGCUGAAGGGCAUCCUGAAGAGAAUAGACGGCAAGAUUGCCGACAAGAUGUUGUUUGUUCUGGAGCAGUGGUGUUGCGAAGAGCUUGAAAGCCUUCAAGUACCACCAGCUUACAAUCGGACUGCAGUGGUAGUGCAUUUAGACAGCGCGGUGGACCUCCAGCAGAUCUUUGCAACCGGCAGCCUUCCAAGCAUCCUGCUUGGCGCAUGGAAGAUCCAUGCGUGCAAGGCCGGCAAUCCUGUCCUGGUUGGCGCCAACGAGACUCUCCUUGCAGAGGAAACCAACCUCACGAAUUUCACGUACCUGCAGGUCUAUGCCCAAUCGGUGCUGGCAGAGCAGAGCCUUGUCAGAAACCACGCGGCUGUGAAUGCUGGCAUGAGAAACCGAAUCACCUCGCAGAGCUACCGCGAGCAUGGCAGGACCACGCCGGCACAGUUCCGUAUCAGCGAUGCUGCCUCGACUGUCCAAGGCCUUGACUUUGUCGACAAGGAUUUGGAUGCUGGCGAGUUGGGCGGCAUUGUCACAUGGCAGACACCCGUGGAUACAUCGCAGCUCGUUCACUACCGCGUGUUUUUGCUCGACAACACCGGGAACAGGUCUCAGAUCGGCGUGGAUUUGCCACCCAAUGUGCAAACGGCCACAGUGGCAGCGGAUCAGCCACUCGCAGCAAGCACUGCAGCCGCUGUCUUCGCGAAGUCUUCCCUCUUCGAACAGACAACACCAGCAUCAGUCGGAAUCAGCGAUAUCGAGUCCGUGGCAAUGGACCUGCAGUUCGAAGACUUGGAUCUGGACACGGAUCAGUUCGGAGGGGUGAUGAACUUCUCAGAGCCAGCCGAUGCGACUCAGGUUGCGGCAUAUUCGCUCUAUUUCGCUGCGGCAGACUUGUCGGGACGGCAGGCAGUCCACGCGGAUGUCCCUGGCACUGCGGAGCUGACUGCAACGACCAGCGACAACAUUGACCGGGCGCACUUUGAGGUUUUCCUUGUCUACACAAAGUCCACCUUCGUGGAGCAGUCUACACCGGCCGCUGCUGUGCUAAACGACACACAGGCUGCUGUCAGCAACAUCAGCUUUGUCGACAAGGAUCUGGAUGUGGGUGAACUUGGCGGCACGUUGACAUGGGCUUCUGAAGGUGACGACUUCGCGGUCCAGGACUACUUGGUUUAUGUCGUGCAGAGCGCUGGCCGGAGUUUAGUCGGAAUAUCCCCGGUUGGCAGCAACCAGUUGGCCAUUGAUCACAACUUCUCACUGCCACCGACGCAGGAGAUGCACAUCUACGCUCGGUCCAGGCUCUUCGAGAGCACUACACCUCAGGUGCACAACAUCAGCGACACCGAUGCCAGCGUAUCCAAUGUGCAGUUUUUGGACGAAGACUUGGACAAGUUCGAGCUUGCAGGCCCUGUGGUCUGGACCGAGCCCGCAGAUGCAGGGCAGGUGACGCACUAUCGCGUUUACUUUGCCACCUCUGCUUUCGGAACGGGAAGAUCUCAGCUCGGCCAGGAUGUGCCGGCUGGGACCAACACAGCGUACGUGCCCGACAAUUUCCAGUCCUUGUCGGUGUCGCACAUCCUUCUGUACACUCGAUCAUCCCUUGCGGAACAGACCACCCCAGUGGCCUUGGAGUUCAUCGAUGAUGCCAUCGAGGUGGAGAACAUUACAUUCACAGACGAGGACCUGGAUCCAUCCGAGCUGGGAGGCCAGGUCGCUUGGGAGCCUCCGAAUUUCACGGCCACCGUGACUCACUUCAUCGUCUACCUUACAACCGACGUCCUUGGCACAAACCGCACCAAGGUGGGCAGCGAGAUACCCUUGGGCACCAAUGUGGCCCUGGUACCAGCAGAGACCUUGCUGCUGGAUUGGAAGUACAUCGCCGUCUACAUGAAAUCGCCGGGGGCCGAGCAAACGACGCCCAACAGCCUCGAGAUCAGCGACACAGCAGUAUUGGCCUCGGGGGUGUCACUCAUCGACCUCGACCUCGACCCUCUCGAGCUGGGUGGCACGAUAACCUGGACACCACCCGACGAGACAUUGAUCACGGGCUAUAAUGUCUAUCUUUCUCCCGUAUCAACUGCUGACAACCUGGGCGCACUCGUGAACACCUCUGCGGCGGGGACAACAGAGGUCUUCCUUCCUGCCGACACGCCACUUCUCAAUUUCUCCUAUGUGCUGGUCUACGCAAGGCGCUAUGGUCUUCUGGGCCUCAUAUUCCCUCCUGCAGAAGCAGAGGACUGUCUCACCAUGAAUCUCUUUGCCCUGCGGCAUCCCGCGCCGAUGUUGCGAAAUGAAUGA